UUGUACUGGGCAAUCAUGGGGAAACUACUGUUUCUUUCGGCUUUGGCCCUGCUGCUCAACGCGCAGCUAGGCUCUUCCUACAUCCUGUCCUGUUACUUCACCAACUGGGCACAAUACAGGCCUCCUCCUACCAUCUACAUGCCCACUAACAUCGACCCAUGCCUGUGUACCCACCUCCUCUACGCCUUUGCCACGAUCACAAACGGCGAGCUCGCCACUUACGAGUGGAAUGACGUGGAGCUCUACGGCCAGUUCAACGACCUUAAGGACCAGAAUGGAAACAUGAAAACCCUGCUGUCUGUUGGAGGCUGGAAUUUCGGCUCCUCUGGAUUCUCUGCUAUGGUGGCUUCCUCUGGUACCCGUCAAACCUUCAUCAACUCUGUCAUCAGCUUCCUGAGGAAGUAUCAGUUUGAUGGUCUUGACAUUGACUGGGAAUACCCAGGCAACAGGGGGAGCCCCCCACAAGACCAGCAGCUGUACUCUGUCCUAUUGCAGGAAAUGAGGGAAGCUUUUGAAGCUGAAGCUAAGCAGACCAACAAGCGGCCACUGCUGAUGUCCGCCGCUGUCUCGGCUGGCCGUGGCACCAUCGACACGGCCUACCAGAUACCCGAAGUUGGGAAGUACCUUGACAUGAUCAAUGUGAUGACCUACGACUUCCACGGCUCCUGGGACCCCUUCACUGGAGAGUGCAGUCCUCUGUACAGGGACUCCUUUGAUUCUGGGUCCUACAUCUACUUCAAUGUGGACUAUGCAAUGAACUACUGGAAGAACAAUGGAGCACCGGCUGAGAAACUGCUAGUUGGCUUCCCCACCUAUGGAAACACCUUCACCCUGAGUAACCCAGCCAACCACGGUAUCGGCGCUCCGAUCUCGGGGGCUGGAACUGCAGGAAAGUACACCCAGGAGGCUGGUGAGCUGGCCUACUUCGAGAUCUGCGGCUUCUUGGAUGGAGCUACAGAAGUCUGGAACACUGAGCAGAACGUGCCCUACGCCUAUAAGGGGAACCAGUGGGUUGGCUAUGACAAUCUCAAGAGCUUCCAGAUCAAGGUUGACUGGCUAAUGAAGAACCAAUUUGGAGGAGCCAUGGUGUGGACUAUUGACAUGGACGACUACAUGGGAACGUUCUGCAACCAGGGCAAAUACCCAAUGAUCAAUGUCCUCCACAAGGCUUUUGGCUUGGAUCAAGGCUCCUGCAAACCACCGGCUACUCCUGUGCCCCCCAUUCCAGGACAGUCCACCACCACGAUCUCAUCAAGCUCUACUGGAAGCAAUUCAAAGGGAGGCAGUUCCCAUGGAGGCAGUUCCAGUGGUGGUAGUUCCAGCGGGGGCAGCUCCAGUGGCACCGGUGGCAUGAACAGCAGCUUCUGUACGGGCAAAGCUGAUGGAAUGUACCCUGAUCCCACCAACAAAAACAAGUUCUACGAGUGCAGUAGGGGCAGGACAUACUUCCAAAGCUGUGCAAGUGGCCUGGUAUUUGAUACCAGCUGCUCCUGCUGUAACUGGUCCUAG